AUGCCAAAGUGUUGCAUUGUUGCCUUAGUGAUACUUAUUAUCAUUUCUCAAUUGUGUGUUGUUGCAAUCGAUGGCGCAUCUGGAGCUUCAAAUUCCACUCCUUACUUCGAUCAGCAGGAGUUCAGCGCACAAUCUUCAUUUGAAGAUGCAUUGAUAUACCCAAAGCAUGCAAUUUCCCCUCAUCAUGUUGGCGAAGAAGCUUCAAGUGCAUUUGUUGAACCAGUCUCCCGUAAAAUCCCAAAAUUCAAGUUAAAAAUUGACAAAACAAAGAUUGAUCAAGCAUGGAAAGACAAUUUUAAUCAACGAAAACGGAAAAGAGAUCCAAAAUAUGAAUCUGACGGAAGAUCGGCCAAUACUCCACGCAAAAGCAAAUUGAACAAAAAUGAUAAAGUUGAGAAAGCAAUGAAGACUAUGAAAAGGUUUACAAAGAAUUUCAAAAGUCCAGAAGAACGUUCACAAAAACAAGAGUAUAUCUAUGCAAAACCAUAUAAUCUCAAAAUAAAGGACAAACGGCGCUCGAGCGAGUUUGCAAGACGUAUUAGAGCUAAGCAGAUGGCUAGCGACAGACUUUUGCAUCUUUCAAAUUCCAAUAUAAAGAAAGAUAAUCAAAACUACUAA